AUGACUAGAAGCUCGCCGUCCUCCCUGCAUAAUGGCGACACGGAUGAUGAGACAACGGUAGCACCAACCAACACAACAACCACAACCCCGCCUGUCACCAUCGACAUGGAAUGCACUCAUUGCAACAACUCGGCUACCUUCAUGUGCUCAUCAUGUGGUCUUGCGGGUCCACGCUAUUGCUCGGUCGACUGUCAAAAAAUCGAUUGGAAAUUGAGGCAUUAUAAAGACUGCGAGGCUACCAAGGCUGCUAGAAGAACACGACAAGCUGAACGUGCUGCUCAACGAGCUCAAAUGGGUUCAGGGGACAUUGCAUUGGAAGAUCUCAACAAUACAGGCACUACUCUCGCCGUCGAUUCUGAUACCGACAGCAAUCAUCGAAACGGCAAUCACAAUGAUGAUGAUGAAGAAUUCGCUGAUGAUCUCAAGUUUUACAUGCAACAAAUCUAUUUUAUUAUCAAGCCAGUGGUAGCAUGUAUCAUUCUCAGUAUCUUUUGGGUCAAGGUUGCAUUCAGUGGAGGGAGUGAUUACAGUCCAAGUCGACCAGGCUAUAUUGCCUUUUCAAGUGGUGGAAACGACGAUGGCAGUGGUGAUGGCAGCAGUGGCGGAGAAGGCGGUAGCGAUGAUGGAGGCAAUCAAUCACCUAUUGUUGGAUCAUUGACAAAUGCAUUGAUCAUUAUCGGGCAAAUCAUCGUGGUGACGGUCGUUAUUGUGGUCCUCUUUCGAAAAGGAUGGAUGAAGGUGCUUGUUGGAUUCUUCAUGAUUGUCGUUCUCAUGUUGCUUGGAUUCAUGUCGUAUCUCCUGUUACUCAACCUGAUCGAGGUCUUUUUCAUACCAAUGGAUUACAUCACCAUGGUUUUUGCCCUAUGGAACUUUGCAGUCGUUGGGUUGGUGUCGAUCUUUUGGAAGGGCCCGCUUUGGCUUCAGCAAGGUUACCUGACGAUCAUGAGCUCACUUAUGGCAUUUUCUUUGACUGGAUUGGAAGAAUGGACGACAUGGAUUUUAUUGGGUCUAUUGGCCGUGUGGGAUUUGAUUGCCGUACUAUGUCCAUUUGGUCCACUGAGGCUGUUGAUUGAGAGUUCGAGGAAUCAGCAACGUGAAGUACCAGCACUUCUUUAUUCGGUCAAUGCAGUAUGGUUCAUGAUGACAACAGCUGAAGAGCUUGCUCCAAUACCACAUGAUGAUCCCAUGUCAGAAGGCCGUAAACGAGCUGAAACGCAAACUUCGAUCCAAACAAUCAGCACUUCCAUCAACACUAAUACUGAUUAUGACGCAUCUACCUCCUCCAUUGUCCCUCUCAACGCUCAUGCAGCUGCACCUGCUACAACCACCACCGCCACUACUACUACUCAUGUUGACUCACGGCGAGAUCAUAUUGCAUCAUCAUCAUCGUCAUCCUCCGAUAUACCAGAACGUGGAGAACAUGAACGUCGAAACAGUAAUUCUAACAGCACCACCGUUGCAUCAAGGCAUGAAACAUCCCCCAAUAAUGAGGAUCGUGAUGAAGAGGAUGCUGAAAGAAGUGGUCUAAAGCUUGGAUUAGGAGACUUUGUAUUCUAUAGUGUGCUUAUUGCACGAGCAGCGCUGUAUGACUGGAUCACCACGGUAUGCUGCACAAUUGCAGUCCUAAUGGGUUUGACGACCACGAUCUUUUUAUUAGCCAUCUACAAGAAGGCUCUUCCAGCACUUCCGAUAUCCAUUGCAUUUGGUAUUCUUUUCUACUUUGUGGCCAAAACGGUGCUUGUUCCAUACAUUGGUGCUCUUUGUGUCUUUGGCAUGGUGGGACUUUAG